AUGGAGCGAAAGCUUUCUUGCCAAAUUCCUCUUCAUCCAAAUGCUGACACAAGCUUUUCUUCUUCUCCUUUAAGUGGUUCAAAAUUGUAAGACCUACUCAGACUGCAGCGACAAAGCAAGAGAAUACAACCAAAUCCCAGCGAGCUUUCAAAAAUGCGCAUAAUUCAAAGCGAUUUGGUUUACAUUAUUAACCUACCUCCAUCAGUUGCCGAUGAGACACUUCUUAAAAGUUAUAGGUAUUUUGGACAAUAUGGCAAGAUCAAAAAAUGUGUUGUAAAUAAAGCCAACGCCUACACAAACGGCUCGUCUGGAGUUUCUUAUGGUGCUUACAUUACUUUUUCUAAUGAAGAGGAAUCUUCACUUUGCAUAAAGGCGUGUGACGAGUUUGUUAUUGAAGGAAAACAACUAACAGUGACUUUUGGUACUACAAAAUAUUGCACUUACUUUCUAGAAGGGAUAGCUUGUCCCAAACCAGAAUGCUUAUAUCUACAUAAGCUUGCGCCACAGUCCCAGAUGGUUCCGAGGGAUUCAAUGGCACAAGUUAAAAAUAUUCAGCCAAAAAAUAUUUUAUUAGAAAAAUUGAAGAUUGUUGUAGAUCCACCUGAUGAAAAGACAGCCUUACCAAGAGCAAGAGUAACAAGAGAUAGAUCAAUGACAGAAAAUUUUACGAAAAAAAAUUCCUUUAGACCAAGAAUUUUUUCAAGGGAUUUUGAAGCUUCACAUAGUAGAUUCAAUUUUGUUCAAGAAAAAGAAACAGAAGAAAAGCCUUAUGAUCUUCUUCCUAAGUCUGUAAUAGACUUAAUCAAAAAAAAUUCCCCUUGUAAAGAAACAGUUGAAGUGCUAUCAGAUCAAUAUAACGAAAUUCUGUCACCAUCAAGCCCAGACAAGUGGGCCAAUGAUAUAUUACAAGUUGUUGAUGUUAAAACUGACUUCAGCUUGGACAGUCACGACCAACACAUUUAUGUCGUAGCUCCAAAAAUUAAAGCCUAA